ACUUAACCUUUUAAAUCGGAGCUAUCCUGUGUCUGUUGUUAUUGAUCCCGUUGCCGUUCAUGGAGGAUGACCAUCGUGGGCAUUCAAUCAUCUUGGUCGGCCUGUGGUGACCAAUUGCUAGACAAUUUACUUUAUAUAAACAGACUACCUUCUGAGGAAAUUGAAAUGUGUCUCCAGUCAACUGAGCUUCGACCAGAAAAUUUAUCCAGCUCAGAACGAUGCCAAAUUGUGUUAACUAUUCAUAACAACAUGGCAUUAAAUGAGCUAUGUAUUUGGUGUAGCGCUCGGCAUAUAGAAGUUUAUGAGGGUCAUGAUUCCUAUUUAGAAACGGUUAAAGGAAAGGCCAAGCAAUCUAAUGGGAACAAUUUGUACUGGCAUUCGUUCGUAUGUGAGAGACCAUUGGAUAAUAUCACACUAAAGUUUGUUUCAUUGCAAAAGAAAGAGAAGCUAGAGCUGACUGGUAUCUGGCUUGCGUUGGAGCAGAGCCAUCAUGUACCCGACAACAGUAAGCUAGUAAAUAUGGAACAAGUGGAUCGGAUGCUGCUUACUGAGCAAGUGGAGACUAGUGGCCAGGCUAUGUUGCGGCAGCUGAUCUCAUCCCUUCCAGCAAACCCGCCCCCCUCUACCACACCAUCACAGACAAACCCUCUUCUCCCCAUGAUGCUUCAGAUGUUUACAAAAAGUGCUACAUCACAAGCACCAGAGGCUAGGAAAAUAAAUACACUUGAACAUUUUGCCAAACAGCUGCUAUGCGAUCAAGCAAGUAAAGACAAAUCAGCUAAGAUAGGAUGCGAUGAUGAUCAAAAUUUAAGCGAUAAGUUGAAAUCGGUAGAAUUUCAUGAAGAAAAAUAUUCCAGUGAAGCAACAUCUUCAGAAAUGGAAAAAGAGGAAAUAAACAAACAAGCAGUAUCGACAAGCUCAGUAACAUGUUCCUGUGGAGCAAACCUAGAAGCCAGACUAACAAGGGUGCUUGAAGAGAUGGAAACACGUUUACAAGCCAAGUUCCAAGAGAUGGAUGACUAUCAGCAUCACAUGGACAGGAAAUUCCAGAUGCUGGAAAAUAAAUUUCAAGACUUGAUGAAAGAAAAUGACUCUUUACACAAAGGAAAUACAUGACAUAUUCUAUGGAAUAGCAGUGAAUUUAUUCAUAGGCAUAUUUCAAGGAAAUAUUUUUGGAGAAUUCAGGAUACAAUCAGUUUUGCUUUAAAGUACUGUAUAUAUUAUCCCUUUAUGCAACACAUUAAAAAGCAAUUUUUAACUUA